AUGAAGCUUUUGACUUUUAUAGCUGCAGCUGUAGUGACAGCGUCAGCUGAUUUCCAAAGCUAUAACCCAGGAGGGCACGGUUUUGGAGGAGGAGGUUCGGGAGCAGGCUUUGGAGGAGGCGCAGGCUCAGGAUUUGGAAUCAGCUCAGGUUUUGGAGGAGGUUCCAGUUCAGGAUUUGGAGGAGGUUCAGGCUUUGGAGGAGGCUCAGGCUUUGGAGGAGGUUCCAGUUCAGGAUUUGGAGGAGGAUCAGGCUUUGGGUUUGGAGGAGGUUCAGGCUCAGGUUUUAUCUCGGGAGGAUGCGGUCCCGGACAGGUGUUCCAUGCUGGCAGAUGUGUCACUCCACGCGAGAACCGCAAAGUCUACUUGUACAACGCACCACCCGCACCACCAGUUCCCCAUGGUCCUCCACCAUACAUCCCUGACCCAACCAUUGACACGAAUAUCGUGUUCAUCCAAACACCUGAACAAGGUCCAGGACCAGAACCCAUCGUCAUACCUCCACCACAGACUCGAAGCGUCGUCUAUGUCCUCAACAGACAGACACCAGAGCAACAGGAUGUGAUCGAAGUCCCAGCGCCGCCAGCAACCAGCCCUGAAGUUUACUUCGUGAACUACGCUGAUGGUGAAAACCCAGUUCUUCCAAGCGGUGUCGACCUUCAGACUGCCUUGAAUGCAGCUUCCCAAGGGGGUGGUCAAGUAAUUGGUGGAGGUGUUGGAGGCGGCGCUGGAGGUUUCGGAGGCAGUGCUGGAGGUUUCGGAGGCGGUGCUGGAGGUUUCGGAGGCGGUGCUGGAGGUUUCGGAGGCGGUGCUGGAGGUUUCGGAGGUGGUGCUGGAGGUGUCGGCGGUGGUUUCGGAGGAAGCGGAGGGGGUGUUAGUUUUGGAAGCAGCGGAGGAAGCGGUGGUUUUGGAGUUAGUGGUGGGUUUGGCGGAUUCGGAAGUGGAGAUAGCGGGGAAUUCAUUGUAAGUGGAGGUGGCGGUGGCUUCAGUAGUGUAGGUGGAUUAAGUGGAGGCUCCCCUUCCAACGUAUAUACAGCACCAUAA